AUGGCCUCGCCUCUCCGGCUAGCCCGUUACAUCGUCACGGCGCUUGCGCUCGUGGUCAAUUUCGUUGUCUACUUCUACCCAGACCUUUUCAAUGCAGCUGGGCAGUGUCAAUGGCACAAUACUGCCGUUCAAUGGAAAUACCCCGUCUUUGAGAAAUUGGCUCCAGCAGACCAAAGCUGGGUGCAGACGCUUCUUCUUAAUUUACCAUUCUUGCAAUCUUCAGUUCUGGAGAACGAUGGAGUGAAAGAUAUUCAUAUGCUCGCGUUUGGUGACCCCCAGAUCAAUGGAAAUUGGGCAAUCACUCCGUACGUGAAAAGACUUGACAAUUUCGGAAACGAUCACUAUUUGGGCCACAUCUAUAGUACCAUGAAGCGCCGUUUGCGUCCUAGUCAUGUGGCAGUGAUGGGCGACCAAUUCUCUUCCCAAUGGAUUCCUGAUUCAGAGUUCUACAAUAGAACGCUCCGCUUCGUAGAGCGUCUUUUCCCCCGUAGUCCACAACACAAACAAACUGUGCUUGACACGUGGAGAAAGCAUGAGGAUUAUGAGUGGUGGAAUUGGCUGCAGAAAGAAGAGGCUCUUUCCGAUACUGAGAGGUACGAAUCAAGGGUCUACAACGACGUAUGGGACUGGUACAACCAAGAAGACGCGACGCCUAACACUGAAGAUCCUCUUUUUAUGAAUUUGACUGGUAAUCACGACAUUGGCUAUAGCGGCGAUGCUACUUGGCAACACAUGGCACGUUUCCACCUUCUAUUCGGCCAGAAUAACUACGUCUUGAAUUACAACCGCGGCAAACCUACCGAGUGGCGCCUUGUGGUUCUAGACUCUCUAACACUCGAGGGACCAGCGCUUCAAGAAGAGUUCCGCUCUUAUACGUGGUCCUUCUUGGAGAAUUUGAAAAAGUCAAACGAAGAUUUCCAUGGAUCCACCAUUCUUAUGACACACAUUCCGUUCUUCAAACGGGAAGGCUUAUGCGCAGAUGGCCCAGAACAUAUUUACUAUGUGGAUCAUGCAACUGAACCAUACAAAAAUGGCCUUCUCCGUUCCCAUAACCAUUUGCUCAAUGAGACAUCCCAGACCGUUUUAGAUAUUAUUUUCCCCAAUGCAGACAAAGAGGGCCUCAUCUUGACGGGUCACGACCAUGUUGGGUGUGAUUCGUGGUACAGUUUCGUUGACAACCAUUGGGUGGCAGACAAGAAGAAGCAACCAAGCGGUCGUAAACAUAUACAUGAAGUGGUGGUUCGUGCCAUGAUGGGAGACUUUGGCGGACAAACUGGCUUGGUCACAGGCCAUUUCGACAACUCUUCAUCCUCGUGGAAUUUCUCCUUCACUUAUUGCUCCUUUACCAUCCAACAUUUAUGGUGGGCAUCAAAGCUCUUGCUUCUAGUUGCGUUGCUCAUGAAUUCUGCGGCAGUCGUGUUUUAG